GUGUUAGAGUGAUGUAUGCACAGGGGAUAGUAACCUUGUUUCCCUAUCUAGAAGACCCAUACUCACAACAUGGAUAUGAACAUUACUACGAUCCGGAGAGUGGUUCGGGAUACCUUGCAUGGCGAUUGAAGACCAUACAGAGAAAAUCAGCAGAGGAAAGAGGUGCCUCAGUCAGCAAAUCUCCUAAAGUUGGUGGGCCAGGCCGUGGUCGUCAGCCCUUCGCCAAUGAUAGAGAGCUGUCUGAUGAGGAUGUGGAAGCAGCUAUUGCUGUUUUAAAACACUCUUCUGAUGAAAAGACUGUCCGUGAGAAGAUGAAAAUGACCUUCAUAUAUCGGCAAGCAAUGGUCAACGAUGAAGCCAAAUCAUCAGAUGUCUUCUUGGUCUUCCCACGAUUUCUGGACACACCAGGACUGAUAGAACAAGAUUUCAGACUUCUGUUUGGUGAGGCCACGGCCAACAAAUUUUUGGAGAAGUGGCCAACCACUUUCAAAGCAAAAGUAAUAAAGGAAAGCCAUGGACUUGUACCCACCACAGAACUCUUGGAUUUGAUGCGCAAUGCUGAGUCAGCUGCUGAAGUUGAGAAUGGUUGGAACCAGUGUGCAGCAGCAUCUAGACAACAUCACCCAAAGCAGUCAGCCCUACCUUCUCGCCCAGGGAUCCACACAAAGCACCAUUCACUCCUUCUUCAUUGUGGUUGACAAGAAUGCACUUCCAUGCAAGGCAAAAGGUUCAGUUGGCGCUUUUGACGAACUCUUUAAAGCCCAUUACGUCUUUGGUACGUCAUACAGUUCUUCCCUGAGCAGCUUUUUCACUUUUGUGCAAACAACCAUCUAUAACAUCGACAUGGGGGAA